CACAUAGCAAUUGCAUUGGUGUUUGUAUGUGUGAGUGUUUGUGUAAAACAGUGAGUAAAAGGGAGUUUCAUGCGAAGUUUAACUGUCAAAAUACCACAUAGCAGCAAAAAAAAAAACGUCGGUAACAACAGCAAACGGGGAUUGUUUUGAUUUGACUAUGUGACAUUUAAGGUGUCCAAAACAAUAAAGUUAAAUUCACAAAAAAAAAAACGUCUCGUACAAUUGUAGAAUUUGAAAAUAUUUCAAGAAUAAUAUUGUACGCGCAAACAAUGUGUAAUAAUUUAACGAUUUUUUGUUUUCAUGACAUGUCGAAGUGAUUAAAAUGCGCACAUACAUUUGAUUACGAAGGAGUCACGGUGCAUAUGUCAAAGAAAAAAGUGAAGCUUUUUAUUCCAAAUUUCGGCCAAAAAGUUUAGUUAUAUCGACGUAAUUAAAUACUGAGCAGAAAUCAAUAGCAAUAUGUCAGACAGUGAAGCAGCCCGUGAAAGUUUGCCAUCGAUAAGUGAUUUAACAUUGAAUCCGCCAUCAACACCAAUCACCAAAACACCAGCCACCGCCGAUGGCAAAGUUAAGAAAGAAAUUGAAAAAGUGGAAAUAUUGCUGAAACCGACGGGAAGUGCUCCAAUUAUAAACAAAAACAAAUGGAGCUUAAAUGCUGAGAAACGUGUUAGUUAUAUACUAUAUUGGCUUCAUAGCUAUUUUAAAUUAGAUGCAGAAGAGAAAAUCUUUGUGUAUGUAAAUCAAACAUUUGCGCCAGCACCAGAUCAAACCAUAAAAAAUUUAUAUGAUUGCUAUGGUACAAAUGGAAAACUGAUAUUACACUAUUCGAAGAGUCCGGCGUGGGGUUAAAAUCGAAGAAAUGUUAACAUCAAGGAAGAAAAGACAAACCAUACAUUAUCAAAAGAAGCAGAAGAAGGAGACCUUUUCAUCAUUUCCAUUCUGUGAAAUGCAAGAAUUGCAGUUGUCGUUUAGCUAGUUAAGUUAUAAGGAGUCAUAGAUUUAUUUCAUUUUUUACAAUGCGAAGCUCUAUUCUUAUUUUAUAAAUUAUACUCUAUACGACCAUUCACCACAAUAUAUAAGUUUAAAUUACCAAAA